AUUCUGUUAGGUUCCUCCGGGGAAGGUUAGGCGCAGUGAGGCCCCGCCCCUGUGGAACGCCGGAAGCGAAUCAGGUGACUGCGGUGGUGGCUGGUUCCGGAGACCGAAGCAGGCGGCUUGGAAGGGCUUCCAGAGCCCAACAUAUAGAGCUGGUAAAAGCAGAGCAGGUCUGGUCAGGUCCCGAGACGCUGAGUCCAGAGCGAUGUUGCUGAAGACAGUGCUCUUGCUGGCCUUGGUGGCCCAGGUGCUGGUUCUGGAGAACGGGCUCCUGCGGAAGCCACCCAUGGGCUGGCUGGCCUGGGAACGCUUCCGCUGCAACACUGACUGUAACGAGGACCCAAAGAACUGCAUCAGUGAGCGGCUCUUCAUGGAGAUGGCUGACCGGCUGGCACAGGAUGGAUGGCGGGACCUGGGCUACGAAUACCUUAACAUCGAUGACUGCUGGAUUGGUGGACGUGAUGCCAAAGGCAACCUGGUGCCUGAUCCCAAGCGCUUCCCCAACGGCAUGGCCUUCCUGGCUGACUACGCUCAUUCCCUGGGCCUGAAACUGGGCAUCUACGCAGACAUGGGCAACUUCACCUGCAUGGGUUACCCAGGCACCACGCUAGACAAGGUGGUCCAGGAUGCUCAAACCUUCGCGAAGUGGAAGGUGGACAUGCUGAAGCUGGAUGGCUGCUUCUCAACCCCCGAGGAACGGGCCGAGGGGUACCCCAAGAUGGCUGCUGCCCUGAACGCCACAGGCCGCCCCAUCGCCUUCUCCUGCAGUUGGCCAGCCUACGAAGGGGGCCUCCCCCCAAAGGUGAACUACACUCUGCUGGCGGACAUCUGCAACCUCUGGCGCAACUAUGACGACAUCCAGGACUCCUGGAGCAGCGUGCUCUCCAUCCUGGACUGGUUUGUGACCCACCAGGACAUUCUGCAGCCGGUGGCAGGCCCUGGGCACUGGAACGACCCAGACAUGUUGCUCAUUGGGAACUUUGGCCUCAGCUUCGAGCAAGCCCGGGCCCAGAUGGCCCUGUGGACGGUGCUGGCGGCCCCCCUCUUCAUGUCCACGGACCUGCGUACCAUCUCUGCCCAGAACAUGGACAUUCUGCAGAAUCCACUCAUGAUCAAAAUCAACCAGGAUCCCUUAGGCAUCCAAGGACGCAGGAUUCUCAAGGAGAAAUCCCACAUUGAAGUGUACAUGCGGCCCCUGGCCAGUGAGGCCAGUGCUAUAGUCUUCUUCAGCCGCAGGACAGAUAUGCCGUAUCCCUACCGGACCUCCCUCGCCCGGCUGAACUUCACCAGCUCCAAGGUGUAUGAGGCCCAGAACGUCUACACGGGUGACAUCAUCAGUGGCCUCUGCGAUAAAACCAACUUCACAUUGAUCAUCAACCCUUCCGGGGUGGUGAUGUGGUACCUGUAUCCUAUCAGGAAGCUGGGGAUGCCCCACCAGUGAGGAGCUGGGACGUGUGACAGGCUGUGGCAGCACCACUGAGCCCAGACCACGGAGGUUCCAUGUGCUGAGGGCCAGUAGGUGGGGUCGUCUUCUACCCGUCAGACCCAAAGUGCAAUCUCAGGGCCGGGUUCUACGCCCUGCACAAGUGUGAAGUCUCUUGGAAACUUGUCUUGGGAGACUUCCUGUGGCCUCUCUGGCCUCUACCUCAUCUGUUCAGCCCCAUGGAUGUUGCUGAACAACUCGGCCAGCCUCCUCAGCCCCCAUAGGCAGAGGCACCGAUACUUGUCAGGAUUCUAGCCUCUGACCUUCUUCUUACUGACUCUGAAAUCAGGAUUUGGAAUUUUCUUAAAAUUAGGAGUGGAGCUCUGACCUCUUGUCGGGAAGUCCCAUGAAUUAUUAUGUGAUCAACUUUCCUGCCCGGAGAAGGCCUUACAGGCUGACACUGCCUGGGAGUGACCUUGGUUCCUUCGGGUCACCAAUAAAGCUGUUCUUUAGUCAA